AUGCAUUUUGCAUGGGAAUAUCACUUUUUCACUGAAAGGAACCCUUUUAAAAUCAAGAAAAUUGCCAUUGAGACUAGGUGGUACAAACCAUCAAUAAAUACUAUUAAACUUAACUGUGAUGGUGCUUUCUCUUCUACUAACAAUGCAGUAGGAAUUGGUGGAACAUUUCGCAAUAGUAAUGGUGAUUGGAUCUUGGGUUAUCAAAAAAGGACUCAUGCUGCCUCCCCAAUUCAUGUUGAACUACUAGCUCUCCUGGAAGGGCUAAUAAUUGCACUAGACUUUAAAGAGACAAACAUGGAAAUUGAAACUGAUAGCACAGAUGUCAUUACACUAUUGCAUGAAGACUGGGAAAUAGAAAGGAACUUCAAGGUCUGCGGACGCCAGCAGAUCUACCUCGAGUCUCUAAAAGCAGCUCCGAGCUUAAACGCCUCACGGACAGCUGGGACCCGUGCCAAAAUCUGCACAAGAAGUGCAGAGGCAUUCUUCGCAAAUGCAAAGAAGUUGCUCGCAAAUACGAUCCUGAUAGGUUUUGGAAUGUUCGCAAAUGCGAACACUGAUCUCGCAAUUGCAAGAUCAGAGACCAGCACCAGAAACUGA